AUGGAGCUCAGCCUCUGGCCAGAUGUCUACCACCCCGCUCGGACCUCAGGGGUCUCCAGAACCAGGGACUGCUGCGCUGUGGACCCACAGCGAGACACUGACAAACGGAUCUUAAACUACCUGUGGGUGCCAUCUGCCCCGCAAGGGGCGCGCACCGGUCCGCUCGGGCGAGCGUCUCAGCCUGCGUCGCCGCCGCGGCCACCGCGCUCACCCCAGGGGCCGUCCCCGGCAGUUUUCCGGGGUCAAACGCGCGCUCCGCCCCGCGGGUUCCGCCCGGCCGGCCCCGCACCUGCCGGGACGCCGGGGGCCGACGCUCCGGGGCCGGUGACCCCGUCGCCCAGCCGCCCCGGGCUCCGGGUCCCAGCCCGCCGCAGCGCCUCACCUGCACCCAGUCACGGGGAUCGCGGGAAGCUCGGCCGGCCGCGGAGCGGAAACAGCCGCGGGCGCCGCACCCAAACCGCCCCGGGCGGCGCCCCCUGCAGGCCGCCGGCCUCCGCCCGCCCCUGCGGCGCCCUGGCCCGACGCACACCUGAGCGAGCGAGCGCGGGUGUGCCUCUUUCCAAGCGCACAGACAACUAUCCAAAACCACCUUCCUCUGAAAGCAACGCAAGUUACUCACCCCCUACCCCAACGCACACACAGGAGCUAAUGGAUGGACCAGUUUUCCCCUGUAUCCUAACCCUAGGACCAGAAGAGAUGGAUGGGAACCAAAAGCUGAGGGCAACUUUUUGUCUAGAUAUUUUCAUCAUGGAAGGAUUUUCCUCACAGCAGAAUGCAGGCAGACAUGACGCUGGAGAGUCUGGCUGGCUGGUUCAACUCUGCUGUUCUGGCUCAAAACUCUCCAAGCUGAUUCAAACUGGCUUCUCUUUGCUUCUCACUGAAUUGCUCUGCUUGGAAAAACUGCCCCUGAACUCCACAAACUGAACUGCAUGAACUCCACUGCACUCAACUGACCUGCACCAAGCUGCACUGAACUGGACUGUCCCCAUGAACCCUCGUGCUCUCGAUCUGUACGGCCCUGAAGUAGCUUCUCCUUCUGUCUGUUCUUGUGGGAGUUGGGCCUGUGCUACUGGACUCAUUCUGUCAAAUCUUUUUUCUGAUCCACCACUUUGCCUGCCUCUCAAUUGGGUAUUACUGUUUGAUAUUAAAGAUGAGUACUAAAUUC